GAGCACACACAUCAAAGCACCUGAUGUCGCCGAAUAGCGGCAGUUGUAGAACGACCGCGAUCCGAAUAGGGUGUGUUUUCUCGUUUCUCUCCAAAAGAAACACGAACAGAAAAAUUCUAUCGUGUGCGCAAUUUUCUGGAAUUAAAAAAAGAAAACAAAAAUUUAAAAAAAAUCACCGGCCGAUGAUAAAUCAUUUACCACAGGAUUAAUCGAGAUACAUUGCGGUCGCGUCAGUUGUUACGUGCGGACAGAGUAUCCGUGUCCACCUGACACCCAUAUAAUGAAUGUUUAACUACGUCGAUUACUUACUUAAGCGCCAUCAAGACCCAAUCAAAAUAAACAAAACAAACAAAUAAAAUAUAAGCAAAAAGUAAAGGGACAAGUAGGCACUGUUAAGAAAUUCCAUCAAUAGGAUAAUAAAAUUGCACACGGCAACUUGCAAUUUCUAGGGUGGGUUGUUCGUUCUUCGUUCUUUGGUACUGGUGCUAUAAUAAUUGCUGAUGGUUGUUUGUUGUCACUGUCAAUUGUCACCGUAUUCGACAGGCUUAAAGUGAAUAAAACUCUCCGUAUCGCCGCCGUAGUCCGUGGGUAUUUCGUUGCCAAUAAAGUGCGCGUUCAGUCCCGUACCAUCACUCGCAACCCUCGGAGGAUGAAAAAGUUGGCUCAAUUAUUACUUUACUUCUCGAUGCAUUACCUACUUUGUUUUCGGUGUUUUUGUUUUGUUAAGUGUGCUGAAUAAAUAAAGGUACAAGGUGUCACCUCCGCAAUAAUUCGUAUCCCACGUUUAUUGCUUUUCGUUUAAGAUUGUUGAUUGUUGGUUUUCGAAGAGUGUUUUGAUUUUGAUUUCCCAUUAAAAGUCCUUUUUGAUUUAUUGCAAUUUAUCAAAGGGGCUGUUGUGUGUUUAUUUUUUUUGAGUUUGUUCAUUUCUUCGUUUCUUACUUUUGGAAAUAUUUAAAUGACAUACGUUUGUCAAUAAGAGUGCAAGUGGAUGAAAAAGAAAAAUAUAAGAAAAUUAUUUAAAUUGAAAUAAAAAUAAAAAUCAAGAUAAAAAUAAAAUACUUUGUGUGAUUAAUGUGAUUUUCUACACACAAUACGUUUCGUGUCAUGUGUCUGUGCGUUUAAAUCACACAGUGAUUAACGGUGGAUAUAUGUUAAAAUAGAUUUGUCAAAACUUUGGGAUUAUAAUAAAAUAUAAAACGAAGGAGAUUAACAAGAGACACAGAUAUAAAAAGAAGGACGACGACGCGACGACGAGAAGAAGAAAGCAUUUAUAAUUUUUGGAUUCAUUCAGAAGCAGAAGCAGCAGCUGGGAUUUGUUUUUUAAUUCAAAAUAAGUGGAUUAGCUGGGAACUCACUACAGAACUUAACAAUCCGCCAAACAAAAAUGACGCACCAUCGCCGCCGCCGACACCAUUGACGUGUAGCAUCAGCAACACCAUUUCGUUCAAUAGCAGCAGCAACCAACAACAUUCAGAGCGCAAUAAACUAAAACAAACAAAAAAAAAACAAAAUUCCAAUCAAACACCAUCACUAGCUCGAGGAUCAUCAACCCGAGAGAUACAAAUAACGCACUGCACCAUCACCGCCACCAACACAACACCUCUCCAGCCUCUCGUUUCCUGCAAACCUGCAAACACAAAAAAGAAGAAACAACCAAAUCAUGCUGCAACAUCCACCAUGGCAAUGGCUGUUGCUAACGCUAAUCCUCCUAAAACAAGCGGACAGCUUUUGUCCGUCAAAGUGUCAGUGCAUAGGAGGCGACUCCAAUUCUCAAGCCUACUGUGUGAAUGCGGCCCUCGAAGAUGUCCCCAUUCAACUGAAUCCCGAAACAAAGUACAUAAAUCUAACUUUAAAUAAAAUCCGAAAUCUCAAGUUGAGCUUACCAUUCUACAUGAAAUUGGAGGUGUUGGAUCUCUCGCAGAAUAUCAUCGAAACGCUGGGCUCGAAAAAUUUCGAGUAUCAAAGUGAAAUGCGAACGUUGAAUCUAAGUGGCAACAGUGUGUCGAGUUUAAAUAAGGACGCAUUCAAGGGUCUUACCAAUUUGCUGUUGUUGGAUCUGAGUUUCAAUCGAAUUGAGGUCGUUCAUCCGAGUUCAAUGACUGACCUUACCAGUCUUAUCGAAUUGGAUCUGACAAAUAAUCUAAUUGUCAGUUUAGAAGAUGGAGUCUUCAGGAAUAUGAUAUCCCUGGAAAUACUCAUAUUCAAGAACAAUCAGCUGUUGGAUGUCCCAACGAGUAAUUUGGGGAAUUUGCAUGCGUUGAAAUCGUUGGAUUUGUCAGUGAAUCUGAUAGAAUUUGUGCGGAAUGACAGUUUUGAAGGCCUCAGGGAUUUGAUGAUGGUCAGUUUGAGGGGGAAUGUCAUUUCCGAACUAGAUUUGAGUUCCUUUGAUGGCCUAUCGGCUUUGAAGCAAAUGGAUAUGGCAGAUAAUAAUUUGACGAUUGUGCCAACACAGCAACUAUCGAAAUUGUCGAAUCUAACAUAUUUAUCAUUAAGUGGAAAUCGAUUUACACACAUUCCAGCUGUGGCCUUGCUUAACUUAUUUCAUCUGAGGGAAUUGCACUUAAAUCGAUUGGAUCGACUUGUAAAGAUUGAUUCAAGAGCUUUUGUAGACAACACUCAUUUGCAGUCUUUCGAUCUUAACUACAAUCCAGUGUUUUCCGAUCUGCCGAUGCGUCUUUUCCAAGGCAACCCCAACAUUUUGGAGAUCUCGAUGCAAGGCAACAACUUGCAGACUCUAGAUGCAGCACAAUUCCCAGUUGACAGGAUACAAAGGCUCUACUUGGGCGACAACCCUUUACAAUGCAAUUGCUCACUCCUUUGGCUCUGGAGACUUGUCACGGGCAACUUUGAUGAGCCAACUUCUCAGAAACCAGCCAGCAACAGUACUCAUCCAUCAUCAUCAUCAUCCUCAUCAUCAUCAUCAAGCUAUCUGAAACUCGACAAUGACCGUAUAAGCUGUGACACCUGGCAGGACAACAUUCGAACGCGCCGCCUAUUGCACUCAAUGUCCGAAAGUGAAAUCACAUGUCCGGCGCACAUUGUCACAAUAGUUUGUGCAAUUCUGACGUGCUUGGUGGUCGUGAUGACCGGAGCGAGUGUGGUCUUUUAUCUGCGAUUCGUCAAACGCCGACGGAAACUACUCCAAGAUCGUCGGGCCGUCAAGGCAGUGGUAAAUGUCCACGAUAGAAUAAUGCAACAACACCCCUCGCAUCAUCACUUCCAAUCGCAUCCACAGGUGGACAAACUCGAGCUCGAACGAUAUUUGGCCGCACAAGCAAUAGCCAAUGAAUAUCGUGCCUUAAAGCCCUGGGAAUUGCCCGUCAAAGAGGCCCUCGACGAACCCGAGCACUUGUAUGAGAAAUUCGAUCAUUACGAAUAUCCCGAUACACACACGAUGACAAAACCCCAUGUUGUCUAUGUAUGACUCUUAAAGGAUAAGAAAACUCGUUAUUGCUUUAAUCAAAAUUAUAAACACUUAGGAUAAAUACAGUUCAAAUAAAAAAUUAAAUAUUUUAAAAAAUCAAGCAAAAACCACAAAAUGAAAUAAAAUUUAAAACAAUAAACAAAAAAAUGAAGUGUGAAGGAUUUAACUAUAUAUACAAAAACAAAAAAUAAAAAAUGAACAAAACAUACAAAAUUAUAGUUAUUAUAAAUCAUAUGUAACACCAAUUAAAAAUUUAUAAAUAAUUUUAAAUUAAAAGUAAAAAAAGAAUUAAGAAAAAACGUGGUUUUGUGUAUAAAUGUGACGAGAAUGAAAAGAUAAGCUCGAGUGAAUGUGGACUAUAUUGUUAAUUUUUGUACUGCUUAAAAACAUAAACAAAAUUAUAUAAAAAAAACAACUACAACAACUACAGGUGUUAACUAACUGUAGAUUAAAAUUUAUUUUAAUUAAUACAACAAAAAAACUUAUAUAUAAAUGUAAACAUAAUUAUUAUAUAUAUAAUAAACUAGCAAUACAUAAAUACAUAUAUAUGAAUAUUUUUUUGCCAAUAAUGUAAUUUAAAAUACAAUUUAAAAAUUAAAAUAAUUAACGAACAGCAACAAAAUUAAACACUGUAGAAUUAACAAAGUAAAUUGAAACAAGGGAUGCGAAUACAAUAUUCGUUAGAUUUAAAUUUAAAUAUGAAACUUUAAAAAUAAUUGAAAAAAAUAUAAAAUUUAAAUUUUAUUUCAAAAUUAUGCAGUUUGAACUUUAUUCAUAAUUACAUUGAAUUUUAAUUUUUGAAAUAAUUUAUUAACAAAAAAUUAGUAAAAAAGUUUUGAUUAAUGAUUUCAAAAAAUUCCGAAUUGUUAAGUUUCAAAAUUCUAAUUUACUUAAAUAUUUAAUUUUUUGAUAAUUUUGAGAUAUUAACUGAGCAAACCGUACACCUUAAGAUCUUGGACAAAUUGAUUGAAUUUCAUUUAGUCUAUAACAAGGUAAGGAAAGACUUAUUAAGUGAAUAGUUUCAAACACCAAAAGUAGUCGCUUUUCAAAUUAAGAUUGAAAUAUCAACAAUUUGAACAGAAACUUGCUUUUAGAUAAUUUUUUCUUUGUGUUUUCAUAAAAAUAAACAAUUCCUGCUACAAAUUAUUUUAAGCGAAGUAAUUCGACAUGGUUAAAACUUUGCAAGCCGAGUGCAAUAUAAGAUUUUUCACAAUUCAAAAUAUGGUUGAAAUGUUCAGAAAUAUAUCCAAUCUAACAUUUUUCAAAAUUAUUUUUUUUUAAAUACAAGGAAUGUAAAAUGGAUUUCAGCUGCAGUAUUUGUGAUAUUUUUAGGGAAGAGGGGGGUAGGGCGGAGUACUUAACGUUUGAAUUUCAAUAAAACUAACAUUUUAGUGUCCUAAUUUUGUUUUUAUUUCAGUAAUCAUCCUUGGUUAUCAGUCUUACAUAACUAAUUAAAAUUAGAAAUUAUGUAAAAUGGAAAAUUGACAAAAAGUAGACAAGGUCAGAUCUCUUCAUCAUGCCUCCUCCUUCGGGUAAAACGGGGUACCCUGAGAAGAAAGAUGGGGUUGUAAAUAAUCCAAUUUAUUUUUGCUGACAAAAUUCGCAAGUAAACGUUGCAUCUUCAUCUUCAUCAUCAAUACCAGCACAGGCAGCCUAGCCUUCAUUGGACUACAAAUCACAACCAUUAUGGAUGAAACACAUACACGCUUCAGCUUCGGCUUCGUCUGCGUUACGUUAGGCCUGCUUCGAUGUUGCUUUGAAUGACAUUUCUAUUAUUUCAUCCCUCCAAAGAGCAAAUAUUUUGUUUGUUGGCAUUUUUUUUACAGCUGAUGAGCUGUCAGACAAAGCAAAUGUUCAGAUAAUUGAACUAGAGCUUCCGUUUGGAGUCAAAUUACGUUACAUUACGUUCUUUUCCUUACGAUUGUCAAACGAAACGUGAGGUCGAAGCUUCAUUGUGAUAGCAUGCAUUGAAUUUCUAUGGCUGAACUCAUAAACGUCAGGCGAAGCCGAAUCUAAAGCGUGUUUGUGUUUCAGCCAUUACAUUUUUCUCGUUUUUUAACAACACGAGAAGUUUUGCGUGUUGCUGGAAAGUUACUUGCUGAGGAGUGGUUACGGUACAUGUUGAUUUUUGUGGAUUACUUAGUGUCUUGUUCAUUUGAGGGUCAUCAAACCAACUAGAACAACCAGGCUUAGGAGAUGAUAUUGUUGUAGUGAAGGUUACAAGAGGAGUGACUUCAUGACAGUUUGGUUCUCUUUGAAUAUUUGGCUGUGGUCUGUGGCAGUUGUAGCUAAAAUCUGGGAACUAAACAUAGUUGCAAUUAGUCUUUUAAUGAUAUAGCAACUAUUUUAGUUCGGGUAAGAUAGGGUACCCCAUACCCAGUCAAAUAAAUAAGUACGCAUACAAAUAAAUAAGUGCAUACCUGCAUGAGCAGUCUUUGACACACGUGAAUAACUUUGUUUGUACUUCCCAAUGCUGUUCUUUAUAGAACAAUCACCCCUACUUCUUCUCCCCUACUGAAUAUUUUUUUUUUUAUAGAAAAUGGCUUUUUUCUUCUAAUUGAAUGAAAUGCAAGAAUCUCACAAAAAAAAGGUUUUGAGUUGAUGUUUAAUACUUUAACACUUAGGUCCAAUCUGCCAAAGCUAAAAUUUAUUAAUAAAAUAAUGAAUUUGUAUCCUAAUUCGAAACAAUUGUAUAGAAAUUCAAGUUGUCCAAAUAUUUGAGAGAUUCAAUUUUUAACAAAAAAAUGUAUCUUAGAAUUGUUUUAGAGAAAAGAUAAAUAUUUUUUUCUAAUUUUUAAAUGGUUCCGCAAAAGUAAGAGAUGUCCGAAUUGCGGAAACUAAUUUUAAAUAUUUUCAAUUGAAUUAAUUUUGUAUUUAAAUUAAUCAACUCCAAAAACUGUCAAAAUCUUUUUAUCCAUUAAAAAAACGUUAACGUCCUUUUCAAAAAAGUACGAACAAAUAACGCCACCACGCCGGCCCAAAAUCCACACCGAACGAUUACUUUUUGACGGCAAUUUUGCUUGUUAACACAGCCAUUCGUCCAAAAAUGUGCCUCGUCACUAGAUAUGAUUUUCCGGUGGAAUUUUGGGUCCUCUUCUAAACGAUUCGAAGACCAGUCAGCGAACAAACGCCGUUGUCUAUGGUCAUGAUCUUUGAGCUCCAGGGUCAGUUAGAUCUUCUAGGGGUGUAGGCCCAAGUCCCGACACAAAAUUCGCUAAACUGAAACCGGUCUUCUCAAAUUUGGCCAUCAAACGUUAAAGAGUAGCAAUGAUGGGCCACCACGUCUACCGUGAAAUGAGCGUAAUGCGCGCACAUUUGCGUUAACGAACACUCAUUUUCAAAAUAAGUUUGUAUCAUUUGAACGUGCUGUUCAAUCGUGUCAGAUGACAGAUGUCACGAAAACAAAAUGGCCGCCACAGGUGCUAGAAUCUACCCGCGCCAAAAAAAACCUUAUAUAAGCUUCCUGCUCAGUUAUGUAUCAAAAUAUUCUUCAGAUAAAUGUUUGUGUAUGCUUCAUAAAGUUAUUUUUUGCCUCAAACCCAAAUUUCGUUCCCAACAAUAUUUUAAUUUUAAUUUAAUUUUUAAUUUGAGAAAAAAAUGACAAUAUAAAAAAAUCAUCAACAAAUGACAAGCAACUUGUAAAUAAAUUAAAAUAAAAAAAAGAAAACAAAACAAAUAUCCUGUAAAUAAAUAGUUAGAAACUCUUGAAUAAAAUCUUAAAAUAAAAAAUAUAUUAUAUAUAAUACUUUUAAAUUCAGAUCCUAACAAAAACAAAAAAAGAAUAAAUAGGCUAAUAUUUUGUAUUAAAAAUAACGUAUAUAAAGAAAAAACCUUGUUUCGAAUUUAAUUUUUAACUCAUGUAAAUUUAAAAAAAAGUUUUAUAAACAUAUAUUAUAUAUUUCCUAAAAAAAAAAAACAAAUAUUAAAAAAUAAAAACAAAAAAAAACAAUUUAUAAAGACCACUUAAAUAGAAUUAAUUUAAUACUUUAAGUAUAUAUUAAAUAAUAUAUGAACUUAAUUAAAAAAUACAAUUUAUAAUUUAAUUGGCUAACAACAAAAUACAUAUUUUACCUAUAUUUUCUUUUAAUUUUACAAAAUUUAAAAACAUAUAAAGAAAAACAACUAUUUUCACUCAAAAGAAAAAAUUUAAAGAAAAAUAUUCUUGUAGAUAAAUAAAGUUUUAAUAUAAACAAAAAAACGAAAAAUCAUCAAUGCCGAUUGCUGGUGCCAUAUUAAAAAUUUUAAAUAAAAAGAGAUAAAUAAAAGAAAACAAACACUUCACCCUUUAAACACACAACUGAAACAAAAAUAAACAUAUUUUUAAUGAGGUAAAUGCUUAAGCUACCAUGAGUAAUACCAGCAAUAUAUUAUUAAUACAUACAGUUAUUUUUGUUGAUCGAUAAAAUUACAAUAUAAAAAUUUAACUCUAAGAAAUAUGUUUUUUUUCUUUGGUAAUUUUUGAUUUAUUUUAUGCUCCUCUCUUUAUAAAAUGAAAAUUGAUUAAAAUCGCCUACGAAAACUGAAUAUUUUUUAAAAAAUUAAAAUCAAAUAGCACAGAAGGACAUCAGACCAACACACUCACACACACAUACACAACACAAAAGUAACGGAUCCCCAUCAUUUAUAAUAAAUUUAACCAGGCAACAAAAACAACAAACAAAAUAUAUAAUAAUAAAACAAGAGGAAAAAAAAAACAGAAAACAAACAGAAUUAUGAAUAAAAAUAAUACCUUAAAGCAUAUUUGUAUAUUUAAAAAAUAUUAAAACUGAAAAAAAAAAUAAAUAAAAAAACAUAAAUUGUAUAAUAAAGUAUAAAAAUGUUAUUUCUUAUACAAAGACUGAACAUGUGCAGAAAAUAAAACAAACAAAAAAAUAUUAAAAAAUACAAAAAAUAAAUAUAAUGA